AUGGAGAUAUAUGGUUCAUCAAGUUCAAUUCAAGCUUAUGAUACAAAUCGUUUAAUUAUAUCAGAUAUUCCAAGAUUAUUAAUAAUUAAUCGACCAGUAGAAUUUACUAUUGAUGUAUCAAAAGCUGGUAAAGGUCAACUUGAAGUUUCUAUUAAUAAUGGUCAAGUACCAAAACAAGUAAAACCAUUAGGAAAUUCAAAAUUUCAUUUUACAUUUAUUCCACUAUUAAAUGAAUCUCAUAUGAUUUCUAUUAAAUUUAAUGGACAUCAAGUAUCUGGAUUUCCAAGACAAUGUCAAGUUAUUACAUCUGAUAAUGUAAAAAUUCGUGGUCCUAGUCUUAAUCCAAUAUUAGUUGGUACUCAAACAUGGUUUACAAUUGAUAUAUUACAUAAUGAUUUAUCUGAUUUACAUGUUACUAUAUUUACACCGACAAAUGAACAAUUAAAUCCAUCAACACUUUUAACUUCAGAUGGAUUACGAGUUGAUUGGACACCGUCGGAAAUAGGAACAUAUAUAAUUCAUUUGAUAUUAUAUGGUUAUUCAAUACCUGGAAGUCCACUUUCUGUUAAAUCUUAUGAUCCAAAAAAAAUUCUUAUUAUACCACCAAUAGACGAUAGUACUAUUGGAGAACCAGUAAAAUUUCUUCUCGAUGCAUCAAAAGCAGGUGAAGGUUAUCUCGAAAUAAGUGUCAAUUAUUCUGGUCGUAAUAUUCCUAAUCAAAUUAAUCCGGUUGGAAAUAGUUGUUAUGAAAUUCAAUUUAUUCCACAAAAAGCAGUAGUACAUUAUUGCAAUAUCUUAUUCAAUAAUGAACAUGUACCAGGAAGUCCAUUUUCUAUAAAUGUUAUGGAAGUACAACGUGUAGUUGCAAUUGGUAAAGGUCUUGGUUUAGUUCCAAUCAAUAUUCCAACAUCAUUUACUGUUUUAACACCUAAUGGUGUUAUUAAAGAAUUGAAAUGUUCGAUAAAAGGACCAGAUGAUCAUUUAAUCGAAUGUCGUAUAACAAAAAUUGAUUUAAAUCGGUAUGAAGUUACUUACAUACCUGAUUGUGUUGGUGAAUUUUAUAUAGAAAUUUUUUUUGAUAAUAUUCAAAUCGACUAUAGUCCAUUCAUAGCACGAUCAUUUGAUGUUAAUAAAAUAAAAGUUCUUAAUUUUCCAUCAUCAGCUAUUGUUGGUUCAUCAACUUAUUUUAUGAUCGAUGCAACAGAUGCUGGUGCCGGUAGUCUUGAAAUAGCUGUAUCAAGAGAUGGAAAAAAUAUUCCGAAUUAUGUACAAAAUGAAGGUAAUACGUUUUUUCGUAUUCAAUUUAUUCCUGAUCAACCAUGUAUGCAUCAAGUUCAAAUGAAAUUUAAUGGAAUUGAUAUUCAAGGAUCACCUUUUCAAUGUAAUGUAUUUUCAAAUGAUUUUAUAUUUGAAAAUUAUGAAUAUGCAGCAAUUAAUAAACGUACAGUAUUUUUAAUUAAACCAAAAUUAUAUUUUAAUCCAAAUAUUCAUGUUAAUAUAAUAACUCCAAUGGGUAAUAAAAUAAAAGGAAAAAUUGAAAAAAAUUUUAUGAAUUCUUAUAUGAUGGAUUUUAUACCAAAUGAAAUUGGUAAACAUGAAAUAAUAUUUUAUGAUAAUGAAGAAAAAAAAUUAAUUAUGACAAUAUUUAUUUGUCAAGUUUAUGAUAUAAGUAAAAUACGUAUAAGUGAUUUACCACUUGCUAUUAUUCAUCAAUUGUAUAAAUUUACAAUUGAUACAUCUGAAGCUGGUAAUGGUGUAUUAUCUGUUAAAAUAAAACAAAAUGGAAAUAAAAUAUUACAUGAACAAACACGAAUUUCCACUCAUAUUUAUCAAAUUUCAUUUACACCCGAAACUACAGAUGAAUGUACUCUACACAUAUCAUUUAAUGGAGAAAAUUAUCUGCGAACAUUAAUAAUACCAGUAAGGAAUGAUUGUGAACAAGUUCAUGUUUCAUCAAUUCCUUCAGGUGUUGUUGGUCGACCAAUUACUUUUACUAUCGAUGUUGCUGAUUCAAAUCUUAUUAAAAUACUUAUAACUGAAUCUCAUUCUGGACAAAUUAUAUCACAUACAAUGACAUCAAUAUCAAAUAAUAAAAAACAUUAUGAAAUAUCUUUUAUACCAAAUAUAGCUUGUCAACAUAUUGUAUCAAUAUCAUAUGAUGGAAAACUUCUAUCAAAAAAUUAUGUUGAUGUUUGUAAUAUAAAUAAAAUUCAUAUUAGUUCUAUUAAAAAUGGUUUUGUUGGUAAACCAUUAAUAUUUUCUGUUGAUACAUAUGAUGCUGGUGAAGGUCAUUUAGAAGUUAUAGUUAAUGAUGGACAACGUACAUUACCAGUUGAAUUAAAAAAUAAUCAAACAAGAAAAUUUGAUAUUACUUUUAUACCUAAAAUAACUGGUUUACAUUCAAUUAUUAUUUCAUUUAAUGGUAUUCCUAUUGAAGGAAGUCCAUUUAUGAUUAAUAUUAAUAAUCCAUUAAUAAUUGAUGAUAAUAAUAGUUUAGAUGAAAAUGAUAAUAAUGAUAUUGAUUUUUUAAUUGGUGGACAAAUAGAAGGUACAAAAGUUGGUGAAAUAGCUUGGAUUAUUUGUGAAACAUCAUUAACUGAUAUAUAUGAAGAUUUUAGUGUAUAUGUUACAGAUCCAGAUAAAACUAUUAUAAAACAUACACGAAUACAAGAUUUAGAGGGACGAUGGCGUAUUGAAUUUGAACCAACAAAAGUUGGUAUUUAUCAAAUACAAACUGGUAGUGAUAAACAACCAAUAAAUCUUGCAUCAGUAGAUAUAUUACCAUUAGAUUAUGAACGAUAUAUUUAUGGUGAACGUAUUGUUUAUUCUAAUGCUCUUAAUUUUAUUUCAAUUGUUUCUGAUAAUGAGAAUAUUAAAGUUCAAUUAAUAUCUUCAAAUAAUAAUGAAAUUCCAAUUGAAAUCGAAAGACAUUCAUUAGAAUGGAAAAUUUAUUAUUCAUUAACUGCAACUGGUUAUUAUCAAUUGAAUAUUAUAGAUGAUGAUAAUAAUAAACAAUUAUUUGAUAUAUAUUGUUUAACGGAAAGAAUAGAUAUAUUUCGUAAUGGUGGUAUUGAAGAUAUAACACGAUUAAUUAUUGAUCGUAAUAAAAUUAUUGGAGAUGAUAUUAAUGUUAUUGUUAAAGAUGCAUUAGCUCAUACAAUUCCAGCUGCAUUUUAUCGAGAUUUAAGCAGAGAUCUUGUUAUUGAAUAUAUACCUGUUCGAACAGAUAUUCAUGAAGUAUUUAUUCGUACUCAAAAUAAUCUUCUUGAUAUAUGUCCUAUUCGUAUAAUGGCUUUUAGUGCUCAAAAAUCAUAUGAUCCUGUACUUCGUGUACAAGUUAAAGAAAUUCUUGAACAUACAUUUUCAGGUAUUAUUGAUCAAAAUAAUCAAUUAGAAAUAAGUGUUACUGAUCCAUUUGAAAGACCAAUAUCAUUUCAACGUUCAAACAAUGAACAUGGUGAAUUAACAAUAUCUUUAUCACCUAUUCGUGUUGGUACUCAUUGGAUAUGUAUAUCAAAUGAUGAUAAUGAUUCUUUUGCUGUAUUACCAAUAUUUGCUUAUGAUGAUGAUUAUAUAUCAUUAUCACCAAUGGAUGGACUUUCACCACAUGAAAAAACAAUAUCAAAUGAAAAUAAUAAUAAUAAUAAUGAUACACAUAGUACAAUAGAUUCAUUUUCUCCAUGUAGAGAAUUAACAACAAUUAGUGAAGCAUCUGAAUUUCGUUCAUCAAGACCAUCAUCAAUUUCACCUCUACGCACAUCAUCUCCAAUUAGAGAAGAUGGAAUAAUUAUUUCGCCUAUAAUUUCGAAUGAAUCUCUUAAAUCACCAACUGUUAGUGAUCGAUUAAGCCCUGAAGUACAAACACUUGAUAUAACUGAUCUAAUCGAUCCAUGUGUUCGUAAUAUAUCAAAAUUUAGUUUCAAAGAUCUAGAUGACAAAUUGAAUGUUAUCAUACAUGAUUCUAAUGGAAAUUCUAUUGGUUAUAAAACAGAACAUCUUUCUAAUGGACGAAAAUGUAUUUCAUAUGAACCAACUAUCGUUGGACCUAUUAAAAUUUAUAUAUUAAAACAAAAAGAAUUAAUUAAUGAUAGUCCAUUAAUAGUUAAUGCAUUUGAUCCAUCGGCUGUACACGUUAUAAAUUUUCCUAAAAAUAUACAAAUAAAUACAGCAACUUGUUUUCAUAUCGAUUCAACAAAAGCUGGAAAAGGAACAUUAAAAAUUAUUAUAAAAGAUCCAAAUAAUCAAUCUUUACCUAUUAUUAUUCAAAAACAAUCAAACGAACAACUUAUAAUUCAAUUCACACCAAUUGUUUUAGGUAAAAAAUUUAAAAAUCUUAACAUCUCCACUUCAAAUAUACCUUUAGGUCUACACACUAUUUCAAUACUAUUCAAUCAAAUUCCCAUAACUGAAACACCAUCUCAAAUAUUAGUUGAAAAUAUAAAACAAAAAUCUACAAUUAAAAAUGUUCAAUCACCUGAACUCGAAGAACGUGGACGUUCAAUUUAUUCUAAACAUGAAUUAUUUUUACUUGCACAACAACAACACCAAGAAAAGUCACCAUCAUUAUCUUCACAAACUAUACCUUCUCUAUUAGCAAAAUCAAAUGAAAUUCUUAAACGACAAAAAAAUUUCUUAUUAAAUAAAGAAUAUGAAAAAGAACAAAUAUUAAAAUUAGAAGAAAAACAACAAUUAAAAUCACAAUAUAAACCAUUGAAUGAAAUUGAAAUUCAACGAUUACAAUUAAUAAAAGAAAAAUUCGAACGUGGACAAGCAAUUGAUAUUGUAUUUGAUCCUCGACCAUAUCCAUUCAAAAUACUUUUACAAAAUUCUUAUCCACUUAUUAAUAGUGAUGUACAUUUCUUAAUUGAUCAACCUCAUGUUGCUUAUGUACAUAUAACAAUAAAUGGUAUACAAAUUCCUUUAGUAGCAAUUCGUAGACAUGAUGAUACUUUUUUACUUAAAUUUCGGCCAAUACUUGCUGGUGAUUAUUUAAUUAUAUUAAAAGAUUAUAUUGGACAACUUAUUCCAGGUUGUCCAUAUAAUUUUCCUGUUUAUAAUCCAAAUGGAACACAUAUCGAACCAUUUAAUCGUUUACAAUCAAUAAAUGAUUGUCAUUUUAUCUGUAAUAUUGAUAAUGUUGGUCAAGGAAAAUUUUUUGUUAUGAUUUAUGAUCCAUUAAAACCAAUAAGAAUUCCUUGUCAAAUUCAAAAUCUUUCAAAAAAUCGUAUUCGAAUAUCAUUUUUACCAUCAAAAAUUGGUACAUAUAAAAUUUAUAUAGCUUAUAGAAAUAUUCCAAUUAACGGUAAGUGUAUAUAUUUAUUAUGUAAAUAA